AGGCAGCACAUUCACUUUUUUACGUGUUGUGGUUGACGUCUUGUUCAUUUAGGGGGAAGCGUUAGGAACUUUCAAACCAAAGAGUUUGACCUUAAACAACUCUUCAGACUCGAAUUAAGAAAGCAGAAUACAUUUACCUCUACACUAAGUUGAAACUAUUAUGGCCGGAACCACCACAAAGACUGUGCCCGAUAUUUUUCAAAGUAUGGAGUACGGACCAGCUUCAAGUCCCAACACUGCCACUGCACAGGCCUGGCUGGAUCAUCAUUCUCGUGUUCUGGGUUUGUUUAUUGAUGGCAAGUUUGUCCGUCCAGCAGACAGACAGGCUCGCUCACUGAUGGACUCCAGGGGUGGCCUAGUGUGCAGUACGGUGUGUGCUGUGGAGGCUGAUAUUUCCCAGUGUGCUUCGUCUGCACUGAAGGGCUUUGAGGCCUGGAGCGGCAUGUCCUGCUACCAAAGAUCCAAAGUCCUGCUCAGGCUGGCAAGUACUCUCGGGCAGCAUGGCCAGUGUCUUACUGAGCUGUGUGACCUGUGUCAAGCCCCCAUCUCCUCCUCCACGCUUGUUAGAAUGUUGCAGUACUACAGCAGCUGGGCUCAGCUCAGAGACACUCUCAUUGCAAAUUGGAUGCCACUAGGUGUGGUUGCAGUGGUUGUCUCUGAUGACUGCACUCUUUAUUCCUUGUUCCUUAAAGUCUUACCUGCGCUAGCUAUGGGUAACGCUGUCAUCAUUGUCCCUGGUCAGAGCACCGCCGCUCCGGUGCUUCUCGUGGCUCAACUUUUUACGGCAGCAGGCGUCCCUGCCGGAGCCCUCAGCGUUUUAACUGGCAGUGACAUGUCGCUGGCUGCUGAUGUGGCCCAGAACCCCAGCAUCAGCUACGUCACCUACAGUGGCAACAAGCAGGACGGUGUGAAUCUUUGUAAAGCCACAGCAGGAAUGGGUGUGCCGGUCUCUGUCUCCCCGAACAUUGGCGCCACAUGCCCCAUCAUUAUUUUUGAGUCUGCUGACAUCAACAGUGCUCUGGAUGACGUGAUAGAGACCGUCUUCAAGAAGAAAAAAGAGGUGCAUUGGGUGUUGUGUGUGCAGGAGAGCGUGCUGGACAGCGUGGUGGCCCGUCUACAGAUGCGCAUGGCGGGCUUGAAGUGUGUGGCGCUUCCCAGCAAUGACGCUAGGCUGUUAGUGGACACUGCAGUGCAGGACGCUCAACACAAGGGGGCUAAGCUGAUGCCAUCCUGCGCUGUCCCCUCCGCUGGUGCCCAAUAUCCUCCCACAGUACUCUGUGGAGUGGCCCCCUCCUCUCCAUGUGUCGUCACGCCUCCUCCUGGGCCGCUGCUUCCUCUCAUGACGUUCAGAAGCAAUACAGAAGCGGUGACUCUCGGGAAUCACAGUCCACAUGGCCAAGCAGCUUCCAUCUGGACCGAAGACCUGACUCUGGCUCUGGAGACGGCAAAGAGUCUUUCAGUUGGCUCUGUGUGGGUGAACUCCCACCCUCUCUCAGAUCCAUGUCUUCCUUUUUCGGGUCACAAAGACAGCGGCACCUGCACCGAUGGAGGGCAAGAGGGUCUGUAUCACUUUCUACGACCGUAUAACACUUGUGCUCUCCCUCGUGCUUCACCGCUUGCUAUCGACUAUGCAAAGUUUGGAACUGACGCCCCCCAAGUUAUCAUUCCGGAUGACACUGCAGGUACGCCAAAGUCCUACUCCCAGUUUGUCGGUGGCAAGGCAUGCAAAGCAGAGUCUGGUUGCAGUAUGGCGGUCUAUCCACAAGGAGGCGGCAGCGUGUUGGGGUACUGUCCCGAUGGAGGCCAGAAAGAUGUCCGGAACGCUGUGGAGGCAGCUAUCAAAGUUCAGCCUGGUUGGAUGAAAAAGAGUCCAUCUGCACGCGCUCAGUCCAUCCAGUCUCUGGCCAAGGGUCUUGAGGGAAAAAGGAAAGACAUAGCAUCGUCAAUCAGCAACCAAACCGGUCUCCCAAUGGAAGAGGCCGACAUGGAGGUGGAGCUAAGCAUCGCCAGGCUCAGUGAUUGGGCGGCCUACUGUGACAAAAUUCGAGGCGGAACUCUGCCCGUGCCGCAGUCUGGAUCAGGUUUCUCCAUUACUGAAGCCCUUGGGGUUAUAGGGGUGGUCCUACCUGAUAAGCAACCCCUCCUCUCCAUGGUAACAGUGCUCGGGGCGGCCGUCUCCACAGGCAACGCCAUCAUCAUGGUACCCAGUGAGAAGUAUCCACUGCCGGCAUUGACAUUUAUUCAAGUCCUCCAGUCUUCAGAUCUGCCAGCAGGCUUGGUCAGCAUCAUUCCAGGGAGAAGAGACCAGCUGACAAAGGCUCUUGCAAAUCACAGCGUCAUCAAGGCCAUCUGGUACUGGGGCAACCAUGAGGGCUGCCAGUACCUCCAGUACACUUGCACCAACCCUCUGAAAACCCUACGCCUGUUCUGCCAAACGGACAAGGACGGGAAAGAUAGCAGCAGGGACUGGACUCACGCUUGUGUCUUAGAGGAGAUGUGGAGAAAUGCUGUGCAGUGGAAGAGUGUGUGGAUUCCUACAGCAUAAAAAAACAUCUACAAAAUAACUAAGGUGACAAGAAAUGUGUACCCCCCCCCCCCCCCCCCCCCUCCUAUUAUCACCUUAGGAGGUUUUACAUACAGUACAAAGUGGAACCCUCUUAUGUGGACCAACUUAAGUCCUGGUCCACUGUUUUUACGACUUAUUACUAAAGUGCGGCUCAAGGACAUCAUAAAAUUUGAUUUAUGUCGACAUCGGUCAGGCAGUCUUAGGGGUGUCAACAUCCUGUAAAAAAACCUGUCAAUAUGUUGUUAAGCAAUGACUGAUAAGACCCGAAUCGAGUGAAGGCCAAAGGUCAGGCUGUAGUGUUUUACAACAGUCAACAGCAGAGAGAGACUGGCAGAACAAAACUACUUAUAAGGUUUAUAUUCUGCUCUCCUACCUCAUGCUGCUCUUACAUGUGCAGAAUGUUAGGUUAUACUGUAUGUGACAGCUAUACUGACCAUGGAUCUGUUCUGUAAUAAUAAGAGAUUCAAAUGGUACCAUAUUCCACAUUAUUUCCCAAUAAUGUGUCCUAUUCAGACAAUAUAUGUUGCCUUUACUACUGUAAUGUAAUUAUUGCGCUUGUAAACAUUCCAUUGUCAAAUAAUAAUAAUGCUUUCUGUUUAGAAGCUAUAAUUAAAGUAUGAUUUUACUUGU